AUGGAUCAUUUAAAUAUGUUAACAUCUUCUGAUUGUAAUAGUAUUAUUACAUCUCCAAAUUCAUUUCCAACGACGAUAGGAGGAAAUAAUAUAAUGUCCACAACAAAUUCUUCCUUAUCCAGUUCCAACAAUAGCAUUAAUACGACAUUAAGUUGUAAUGCCACUUUAUAUCAGGGCAUAACGAAUAAUAUAUCUGCUACAAAUUUAACUGGUCAAAAUCAAACGAUGACACAAAUAUCUAAAACUGGACAUAAUAAUAGAAAACUUCAAGUUGUAGCUGUUAUUGAUAGAAAAGAACCAAAAUUUUCUAAAGUUAUACAAAUAGUAUGUUCCGAAAUACAACAAGUAACAGAAUUAUUACAUACAAAUCUUGAGUUUAUUGAAUUUGAUAGACUUGAUUUUCGUGAGACAAGUGCUCUUGAUCUUUUUUAUAAUGCGGAUAUAGCUGUUGUUGAUGUUACACAACCAAAUCAACAACCAUCACUUUCUUAUCAUAUUGGUGUACGUGAAUCUAUGGGACAGACAUAUAAUAUUAUAAUAUCAAAUCAUUCUAUUGCAUUUAAUGAUCGUUGUGUAUUAGAUGCAUUAAAACAAAAUCUUGCGCAUACAACAUAUUUAGGUUAUGUACUUAAUAAUGAUGGUGAAACAUUAGAUUGUAUUGAAAAAACAGCAAAAAAUGAAAAUAUAACAACAAAAAUAGAUAAUGAAUUAAUAUAUUUAAGAAAUUCAAAUACUAUAAUAAAAACAAAUAAACGAUCACCAUUUAAAGAAAGAUUAACAAUAGCAUUAAAAAAUGUUCAGGUUGAAGCUAAUGCACAUGCAAGAGAAAAAUUUUUAAUUGAUCUUCGAAAAGUACGUGAUAUUGAAAAUAUUAAUGAUCAGGUAGCAUUUUUGGAUAGUAUGAGACAAAGACUAGAUCAUCCAGAUGUAUUAUCUGUUGAUACACUUCAUCAAUAUCUUUUAUCAUAUCGUGAUACAGAAAAUUAUAUAGGUAUGAUAAGUUUAAUUGAUGAUUUAUUAAAAAUUGGACAACAUCAAAUAGUUGACUCACAGGCUGUCAAAUUUUUAUAUGCUUUUGCUUUAAAUAGACGUAAUAAAGAUGGGGACCGAGAUAAAGCAUUAAAAUGUGUCCUAGAAAUUGUAGACAAUAAUAGUAAUAAUGUUUUUCCGGAUGUUAUAUGUCUUGCAGGAAGAAUACACAAAGAUAAAUUUAUUUCAAGUAAUUAUGAAGAUGUUGAAAAUCUUGAAAAGGCAAUUGAAUGGUAUAGAAAAGCUUUUGAAAUAUCACCAUUGGAGCAUUCUGGUGUUAAUUUAGCUACACUUUUAAGAGCUAAAGGGGAACAAUUUGAUAAUAAUUCUGAAAUGCAAAGAAUUGCUGUUGUUUUAAAUAGUUUAUUAGGAAGAAAAGGGACACUUCAAACAUUAACUGACUAUUGGGAUGUUGCUACAUUUUUUGAAGUUUCAGUAUUAGCAGAAAAUUAUGAUAAAGCAUGUCAGGCAGCUUUAAAAAUGGCUAUGAUUAAACCACCAAUAUGGUUUUUAAAAUCAACAAUGGAAAAUAUAAAAUUAAUAAAUAGGUGUGCUGCAUCAAUAAGUCCUAUUGAAAAAGAAAAGCAAACAUUUUUAUUUUGGACAGAAUUUUUUAUGGAAGCUAUUGAAAAUACAAAACCAUAUGAAAAUGAUAUUGAAUGUUUAAGAGUACCAGUAUUGAUACAAGAAGUAAAUAAACAAUACACACCUAGUUAUCUUUCAAUCAAUUUAAAAGAAGGUUCUGUAAUAUUAUUUCAUGUUCGUGAAAAUGCUCCAUCAACAAUAAAAAAUACUAUUAGUCGAUGGCAAUUUUCAUCAUCACAAAUAAAAGCUGUAUCAUCCUCAAAAAGAGAUGAUAGAUCAAUGUAUUUAUAUGUUCAUGAAAAUUCUGAUGAUUUUAAUUUAGUUUUUCCAAAUGCAGAAAUAUGUACAAAAAUUAUUGCUAUGAUUAGUCAUUUAGAUUGUGAUGUUGAUAAAGUAUUACCAGAUGUUGAAGAAUCAACACAUAUAGAAUUUGAAUAUGAAAGAAAUAAUAAUAAUGAAAGAAUAUUACUUGGUAAAGGAACAUAUGGUAAAGUAUUUCAAGCUCGUGAUCUUCGAACACAAUGUAGUAUAGCUGUUAAAGAAAUUGAAGUAAAAAAUGAUGAUGAAGUACAACCAUUAAUGGAAGAAAUUCAAUUACAUUCAACAUUAUCACAUCGUAAUAUAGUUAGAUAUCUUGGAUCAAAGUUUGUUCAUGAUGAAGCAACAAAUAGUAAAGUAUUUUUAAUAUUUAUGGAACAAGUUCCAGGUGGAAGUUUAAGUUCAUUACUUCGUGUUAAAUGGGGUCCAUUAGAUAAAGAAUGUUUAUUAGUAAAAUAUGGUUCACAAAUAUUAGAAGGUAUUAAUUAUCUUCAUGAACAAAAAAUUGUUCAUCGUGAUAUUAAAGGUGAUAAUGUUCUUGUUAAUACAUAUUCAGGUGUUUGUAAAAUUUCUGAUUUUGGUACUUGUAAACGAUUAGCAGGUAUUAAUCCAGUUACUGAUACAUUUAAAGGUACUUCUCAAUAUAUGGCACCAGAAGUUAUUAAUCAUGGUCAUCGUGGUUAUGGUGCACCAGCAGAUAUAUGGAGUUUUGGAUGUACAAUGGUUGAAAUGGCAACUGGUAAACCACCAUUUCAAGAAUUAGGAAUACCAGAAGCUGCUUUAUUUAGAGUUGGACAAUAUAAAACUCAUCCAAUAAUACCAAAUUUAAGUGAAAAAGCAAAAAAAUUUAUUAAAAUAUGUUUUAAUCCAAAUCCACAAGAACGUCCAACAGCAAAAGCUUUACUACAAGAUCCAUUUAUUCAACAACAUUUAAGAAAUUCAAGAAAAACAUCAAAUAAAAAAAUUCAACAACAAACACAAAAACCAAAAGAUCUCUAUCGUUCAACUUCACAUUUAGAUGGUCUUAAUACUUCAAGUAUUGAAGAAUAUACAUCACCUCUUGCUACAACUGAAAAAUUUCAAGAACAACGUAGAUCAACAUCAAGUUGUCGUUUAAAUUCCGCCAAAAAAAAUCAUGCCAUAAAAAUAAAAAUUAAACCAGAUUCAAGUACUUCUUUUCCUUCAUUAUCAUCAACAAAUCCUUCUAACGAUUGUACAUCUUCAAAUUCUACUCUUUUAAAUACACAAAUACAAACGAAAACAAUGUCACCUACUUUUUUAUCUAAUAAUAAUAUUUUAUCUCAAAGUAGUACAAAAUUAAAUUCUAGUGGUACUCAUCAAGGAAUUUUUUUCCAUAAUCAUUUAAAUACCAAUGGUCAAUCUCCAAAUAGUAAUAUUGAAAGUGGAGGAAAUUCUAUAACAUUAAAUAAAUCACCUAUUACAACAAGUCCAUCUGUCAAUGAUAAUUCUCUUAGUCCUUAUCCAAUAACAGGAUUAUCAUAUAGUGAUGAACAUAAUUCAACUAAUAGAUUCUUUUUACUUCAAAAAGAUUCUGAAAGAAGAGUAUAUUUGUCUGAUUUUAUGGAAAAACAUGAUACAGAAAUUAUAAAAAAAUGGAGAGCAAAUUUAAAUGUUUUAUCAGAAGGUGACACAUCGCCAACAGUCGAUGAAAAUAAUGAAUUUUUUAAAAAUAUACUUCUAAUUAUUUGUAAUUAUGUUAAAACAAAAAAUUUACAAGAAUUAAAUGAAAAUAUAGCUAUAAUAAAAGAAAAAUAUAAAUUAUAUGAUGAUACAGUAACAGAAAUUUCAUCUAUUCUUAAUAAUCUACAGGGAGCACUUCAAAAAACAAUAAAAAAUUAUGAUAUAAAACCUCAUUGGAUAUUUAAUCUUGAUGAGGUAAUAACUAAUGCUAUAAGAACAACAUUAUCAACAUUAUAUUCACAUUUACAAAUGGAAUGUACCAGUGAAAAUUGUUAUCCAUCACAAGAAAAGAAACGUAGGUUGGAUAGUUCUCAUAGACAUUCAACAGAAUCUCAUUGUUAUUCUCCAGAAGUUUAUAUAAAAAAUUCAGGUGAUGAUGAUUCUGAUAGACGUUUUGGUUUUAAUGAAGUAUCAAAAUUAGAAGCUGAAAAUGGAAGAUUAUAUGCUAAACUUAUUACACUUGAAAAGGAAACUUCAGAUUUUUUUAAAGUUUUAAUAAAUAAUAGAGAAACAUUUUUAACAAAAGUUAAAGAUAUUCAUCCAACAGAUAAUGGUCAAGAGGAACAUUUAUUAAUACAAACAAAAAAAGAAGAAAAUAUUGAUAAUAAAUCUUGUUAUGAUAAUGAUACAAAAAUAUUAAUUAAUUGGUUACAUGAUCUCGGAUGUAAUGAAAUUUCAAUUCAUCGUAUCCUAAUGCAAAAUUAUACCAAAUCUGAUCUCAUUCAAUAUGUUACAAGAGAAGAAUUACUUAAAAUUGGUGUUUUAGGUGGUUGUUCUUGUAAGAUAUGGCGCGAAAUAGUACGACUUCGUAAUGAACCAUCUUGUAAAACUUUUCUGUAA